AUGCGUUUUCUCCUUUUAUGUCUCGUGCUGUGCAUAACAAUUCACAGUGUUGUUAGUCAAGGAAAAUAUUCCACCUGUAAUCCUAUGAACACAAGUCCAAAAAUUGCUAAAGCGGGAUGUAUGAGCGCAUGUAUGAUACAGAACUGUGCUACAGGUGAUUGCAAGGUUCGCGCAGGAAGAAAGACAUGUGUGUGUUCACGCUGCGCUAACGGAUCUAAUGUGGGUGUGAACAUCGGAAUUGGAAUCGGAAAAGGAAAAGGAAGAGGAAAAAAAGGAAGGAAAUAG